GACUAGCCAGCAAACAAAGCAGAUUAUCAUUUCCCCAUUUUAAGCCCCUGCAGCUCAAGGAGGGCCAGCAUAGCCUUGGAGCACCCAGUUGGAGAAGGCUCCCAGGUGAUCGGUGUGUGUCAGCCUCACGCCAGGGCCUCUUGGGUAGGAUCCAGUCUCCAAGGAACCAUGAACUGUUGGCUGUGGAUACUUUACUUCCUGCCAGUGUCUGGGACCCUGAAGGUCCUCCCGGAAGUACAGCUGGAUGUCGAGUGGGGUGGAUCCACUAUUAUUGAGUGCCCACUCCCAAAAACACCAGCAAGGAUGUAUCUGUGCCGGCAGAGGACGGACCCUGGGAUAUGCACCACUGUGGUAUCCAACACCUUUGUCAAUGAGGAAUAUAAAGAGCGAGUCACCCUGAAGCCAUGCUUGGAUAGGAAGCUAUUCCUAGUGGAGAUGACAUGGCUGACAGAAAAUGAUAAUGGAAUCUAUGCCUGUGGUGUGGGCCCAAAAACCGACCGCGGCAAGACCCAGAAAGUCAUCCUGAAUGUCCAUAACGUAGAAUACCCAGAACCAUUCUGGGAAGAGGAACAGACACCUGAGCCGCCAAGAUGGCUGCGCGGAUUCCUGCAGCCGCAUAUUCCCUGGCUGCCUAUGAGUGAACAUGACAGCUCUUCUGGAGUCAUAGCCGAAGUUACCACACCCCCUCCAAAGACUGAGGCCCCUCCCGAUCACCAUCCCUCCAGCCUUGCUUCAGUAACUCACCAACCCAGACUUUACGAAGUAUUUUCUGAAUCAGAUACCAAGUCCCCAGAGCUCCUGCCAGAUACCACAGCCUCAAAGACUUCUACUCAGCAAGCAAUCAGGCCCCUAGAGGCCAGCUACAGCCACCACACCAGACUUCAUGGGCAAAGGACACUCAACCACGGCCCACAGUAUGGGAGAGAAGACCGAGGACUUCACAUCCCUAUCCCAGAAUUUCACAUCCUGAUUCCGACCUUCUUGGGCUUUCUCUUGCUGGUUCUUUUAGGACUGAUGGUAAAAACAGCCAUUCAAAGGAGGAGAGCCACCUCCAGACGCGCGGGCCGACUGGCGAUGAGGAUGCGAGGCCGGGGCGCUUCCCGCCCGUUCCCCGCACAGCGCCGGGAUGCCUCGCAGAAGCCGCGCUCGCAGAACAACGUCUAUAGUGCCUGCCCGCGGCGCGCACGGGGACCCGACAGCGUGGGUCCCGCAGAGGUUCCGCUCCUCAAUGCCCCAGCCUCAGCGUUCCCCGCCCAGCCGCAGGUGCUUGAAGUUCCUUGGACCCACGCCCCAUCUCUGAAGAUGAGCUGUGAAUACGUGACCUUGGGACAUCCGCCUGCUGUCGACGUGGAAGACCCUGAUUCAGACGAUUACAUCAACGUUCCUGGCCCAUCCCAUCUCCCAUGCUACCCCCCAGGGCUCAGAUACUCAUGCCAAUGAGGCCGGCCUAUUUGCUAAUGUCUAGCACUUUCUCCUUAUAGGAUCCCUGUCACCUUGUACAUCCUAAACCCUAACUCAGCUCUCACCUGACUGUCUGAAUGCCUUGAGAAUGAUCAAUUACAGGCUAGUUUUUCACCCCA